AUGGAGCUGGUGCAGUUAUUGGAUGGCAGCCUUUCAGCAGCUACAGACGUUCGUGCAAUGAGUGAAGCUCGACUGACCGAGUUACUACGAACCCCAGGCUUUUCUAUACAGCUGGGCGAGUUUCUCUUCUCAGCGGAGGCCUCAGAAUCACAGCGACAAUUGUCAGCACUCUUACUCAAGAAGCUCGUAACGUCCUAUUGGGCGGUCAAUGAAGAAGAUAGCGACGGCUUUUCUUACGUUGUUCCAGAGCAAGAGAAGAUUCAAGUGAAGCAGGCACUUGUGCUGGCCUUGCAGCAGCAGCUGGAAGUUUUUGCAGGCAGUAAACUGCAGACGGCACUGUGUCUCAUCCUUACGGCCAUUUUUGAGCGUGAUUGGCCUGACCAAUGGUCUGAGAUCUUACCAACUGUCAUGGCCAUGAUCUCUAGUCAAGACAAGCUUCGUAUUGACUUUGCGGUGCGUUUUUUGUCGCUCGCAGGUGGACAUUUCUCCAGUGACAAUUGCUGUGAGCUUGUCGCGUCUGUUUUUCCUCAUUUGCGACGAGUUUUUGUGCUUGUCAAGGAGUUUCAAGCUGGAACAAGAUCCAGAAUUGCACGUAUUGUGCAGAGCAGUCUACUCAUGGUGGGGAUGGAAGCACAGGUGGGAAAUCCCACUGCGGUGCAGCUGUUACAUGAAAACACGACGCAAUGGAUUGCAUUGUUCUUGGAGCAAUUGGUCAUGCCAGUACAAAGUGUUAAGGACUAUUCAAUCAAGAUUCAGAUAUUGACGACACUUGCGAGCUUUGUGCGUGAGUGGCCCAAGGAAAUGACGGGUUUGAUGCCGCAGAUCAUGCCUCAAGUGUACGGACUAAUGGUUAACGAUGCAGAAGCGUACGAACGUGAUGUGGUGCUGAGUGCCUCGCAGGAGGAGGAAGGUUAUGACAGUGAUGGAGAAGGCGCGCUUAUUGGUCGAAGUGCUAUGAUUAUUGCUGCUUUUGAGUUUCUGCGUGGUGCUGUCCAGGCCCCUACUAAGAAGACACGCCAGUUGAUUGUGGGUGGACUGGCCGACUUUGUGUUUAUAAUGAUCGGGUACAUGCAGAUCACGGUGAGUCAGAUAGAGUCGUGGCAGGAAGAUCCAAACAAAUACGUUGCGGAUGAAGACGACGAAAGCCUGGCGUUUAACGUGCGAAACGCUGCUACUGACCUUCUAACCGAGUUGGAGGCUGUGCUAGGACGUAAGGCUGUAGUAGCCGCUCUUGAUGCGGCCCAGCGACGUCUGAAGGCUGAAAACACGAGCAACUGGCGGCUUCAGGAGGCAGCAUUGCUGGUUGUGGGAUGUUUGGCCGCGUCAACACUUGAAGCCAUUAGUAAGAAUGCUGCCGAUAUUUCUCAGCUACUGGAUCUUUCGGCUUUCUUGCAGACUUUGUUCAAGGUGAUGAACGCGGGUAGCCAGGAGAUCUAUCUGCGUGCAAGAGCUCUGUGGUGUGCAAGCCGCUUUGCAAAGGGUAUGAAUCAAGAGAUGCUAGACGCUUUCCUUCAGGUGGCAAUUUUGGGAGUCGAGCAGGGCCAGGUUCUGCCUGUUCGGAUGUACGCCUGCCGCGCAAUUGGUGCUAUUAUUUGCAACGACAGGGGUAAGGCUCGGCUUCAUGAGGCAAGCGCUAUCAUCAUUGACCGACUGACCAGUCUAGCUGAGCAGUCUACCCAUGAGACGCUUCACAUUGCUCUUGAGACGUUGGUUGUUGUUCUACAAGAAUCAAAAGAACUCACUCUAGAGGCGGCGCAACGAGUUGUUGCUUGCUUCUUGCACCGGUGGAGCCAGAAUUUGAAUGACCCGCUAAUUUCUGAACUAAUUGACGGCGCCUUUGGAGCACUUCUUCAGCUUGAUAACACUGCUGUAACUAUGACGGUCCACGAACAGGUCUUGCCUGUCAUUCGUUCCAUGCUCGUUCAGAGUGUCUCAGACCUGGAAGGUUCUGGCAAUGGUGUUUACACUGCCGGCAGUGCAGUGACUAUUCUGAAAACAUUGCUUCGCCACUCUUUCGCUUCAAAUAGUCCCAAAUCGACAAGCAGCGCCGACCCAGUUACUCAACAACUUGGAGCACAGUUCGUCCAGCUAACGUUUGAGCCACUUGUUGUGGUGCUAGGAGCUAUUGAUGAUGAGAAGGUACUCAAUGCUGGGUCCGAAUGCUUGAAGUGGUUUGUCAUGUUCGCUGUGGAUCCUCUUGCGGCAUAUACUACCGCCGCUGGUGGAAACGGUAUCGAUACAACGUUGUCAGUUUCCGCGAAACUGUUAUCACCUGCUGUCUCCGAUGCAAGCGCCACCUGUGUUGGUGGCCUGAUUACUCAGAUCUUGCUGAAGCUGGGCCCCGGGCUGCCAACUGCGACCGUUCAGUCAAUCCUGAGUGCUGUCUGCGCUCGACUUGCGGCCACAGAGUUACCGUCCCUGGUGCAGUCUUUGUGCAUGGUGUUUGCUCGCCUUGUCCAUUCUCACGGCCACGAAGUUCUAAACGUGCUGGAGCAGUUGCCGCCUCCGCCUGCACCGGAAGGCCAUGACCAGGCUCCGAAUAUGCUGACUUUUGUGUUCCGAACCUGGAUCGAAAAACAGCAGGAUUUCUACGGACUCUACUGCAUUAAAGUGACUAUGAGUGCUCUGAUCAAGGUUGUCGAGUGGAAUGACGCUCGAAUUAAUUCCAUCGUUGUUACUGGAAGCGCGGUCGAUUCGGCUAGCGGAGAUACCACGGGUAUCCAGACUCGGUCAAAGGCUCGUAGCAGUCCUGCAAGUAGCAAGACGCAGUACACGAUGGUACACUUUUUGACAAAGUUUGUUGUCAUUCUUGCGAAAACGAUGUUGAACCUGGCUGAGGAGGAGGAGGAGGAGUGGGAGUCAACUGACGAUGAUUCGUCGGAUGGUGAAGGUGAAGACGAUGUCAUCUCCGGUGGCACAUCUUCCGUGUUCGCACCUGCAGGUGAGUGA